AUGUUGACGAAACCAAUUCGACAAUUUCUGUUUAUCCUCGUACAUUUGGUAGUGACGAUACUUGUUGCUGUCCAGAAUGCAUAUCGCCGAUACAGUGUUAAAAAGUCUAACUUACCUAAAGAACAAGUGACCAAAAGAGACAUUCUUACUUUAUUGGAAAAUGUGUCUAAUAUGAAAAACAAGCUAAAGCAUUUAGUGGUGUUGGCAGACAGCAAUGUUCAUACUAUGAAUGACUUGGCUCAGCUGGUCAUUUGGAGUCUUGUUAUUGGAGUACCAUAUAUUAGUUUUCAUGAUAUUACAGGUAAUUUAAAGAAAAGAGAAGAAGAAUUAUUUUUAGAAAUAGAGAAAAACAAAAAAGGCAUUCCAGGAUGUAUUAAAUGGGCCAAUAAACCUGAUCUUAAUGGUUAUACAAAUGGUAUACAGUCCAACACAAUCUUUGUAAAUAUAUUUUCUUCUAAUGAUGGAAGGCCAAGAAUAUCAGAAUGUAUAAAACUCAUAGCCAAAGGGGAACUUAAAUGCGAGAAGAAUUCUGAAGAGUUUACUGUGCAAGAGUUUGGUGAUACUCUUCAACAAAUAAAUCCAGCAGUGCCAGAUCCUGAUUUGGUUUUGUACACUGGAACUUUAUGUUGUACAUUUGGUUUUUUACCUUGGCAAAUAAGGCUCACAGAAUUUGUACAGCUUUCUGUUGAUAGUAAUUUAAAUAUAAACAACUAUUUAGGUGCUUUAUAUAAAUAUAAUAAAUGUGAUCAGAGGUUUGGAAAA